AUGAGUGUACCACUGGAGGCACUCAUUCAGGCGCUCGCCAUAUUGCAGCAGGCGAGCGCGCUGGAUCUUGCAGGGGAGAAUGAGGCGGCAGUGGAGAUGUACAGCGGCGCUAGAAGCGAACUAGACGCCGUCGCACCGUACCUUCCUCGCGAGCACGGCGACGUGGUGCGCCGCAACGCGGACGGCAUCAAGCGCCGCAUUGAUGAGAUCAAGAAGGAACGAUGGGUGCAGGAGCGGCGGAGCGAGUUCCCCACGUUUCCCGUAGAGUACCUGCCGCAGCCCGUCCCCGCGGAGGAGUUUAGAGUCCCGCUCAACCCCACACUCCGCGUGUUGUGGCUUAUGCGGCUGCUGCAGCGCUCCAUGCGGCACGGUGCCUUCAUUGCACCUGAUCUCUUCAUUGGGAAGGAGGUGUGGUACCAGAGUGGCGGCGGUGCAGCGCUGACGCACACCGGGCCGAAGAUCCGCUACCUUGCUGCUCUCUGCGAGGCGAUGGAGAAGCUUCGGGCGGCCGCAGGGGCGGCGCUCGACAGGGUCGAUACUGUUUCGAGAGCUCUACAGAAGUACCUCACUACUGCGGAGGAGCUCACGGCGGCACUGGAGGCGGAGAUGGGAGUACGCGCGGAGGGGGCGUCACCGCGCUCGAAGUUAGAGCGUGGCGUGCGGGGCCUGUUCCAGAAGGGGCAGCAGAAGCUGCGGACGUGGAUGAAUCAGGAACCAAACGUCGAGCUGUGUCUCAUUUGGGCAGUCAACACACUCGAGCAGGCGCAGAUGUUCGAACGGUGGAUGGUACAUUAUUCCCACCUGCACAAUUCCCCCGGCGCAGCAGAGAUUCUGGGACUUCUGCACCGCGUCGUUGCCGUGCUGUACGCCGGCCCGUGCACCUUCCUUCUGCGUGACAUGGCCGUUCUGGUGGAGCGGCACCAAGAGAAGUGCCGGAAGAGUGCCACGCGCCUGCUGCCACUGAAUGUGAAACUGGAGAGCACCUCGAGUUAA